AUGCACUACCAUGCCAAAGCAACACAGCUGUUGGUUCAGAAGAGGGCAACCACACAGCAUGAGCAGACUUUCCGGUGGAAUGCCUACAGUGGGAUUCUCGGAAUCUGGCAUGAAUGGGAAAUUGAAAACAAUAUGUUUGUUGGGAUGUGGAUGAGAGAUGGAGAUUCAUGUGAAACCAAGAACAGACAGACAAAGGUUCUUCUUGUAUGUGGAAAGAACAACAGAUUGGCUGAUGUGUCUGAACCAAGCACUUGUGUUUAUUCUCUUACAUUUGAAACUCCACUUGUUUGUCACCCACAUUCUCUCUUAGUGUACCCAGCUUUGCCUGAAACCCUCCGGAGAAAGUGGGAUGAAGUGGAGCAGUUGCGUCAUGAUGAGCUAAUCACAAAACAGGGAUACAAGAAACGGUUGAGAGAGAUAUUUGAAGAAGCUAGCUUUUUUAAAUUUACAGGAGAGAAAGUGAGUGAAGGAAAGAGAACAAAACCUCAAAAUCUGGAAUUCCACUCGCUGGAAAAGUGCAAUAAGGUGUGUGAGAGGUUGCUGAAAUGCAUAGUGUCAGGGAAUGUGGCCCAGCACUUCUGUGGAUGA